UCACUCUCCAGUCUCCACUUCAAACUCCAUCAUCCAUGGCUAGGAGAAAUGCUACUCUCUCCAUCCGUUUCUUCAAGAUCAUCCUCCAAACUAAUCUUCGAAGACUUAAAAUACCAAAUAAGUUUACAAAGAGUUAUGGAGUUAGUCUAUCAAAUCCAGUGUUGAUCAAGCCUCCUGAUGGCACCAACUGGAAAGUUUAUUGGAAAAAAGUCAAUGGUGAGAUUUGGUUUGAAAAGGGUUGGAAAGAUUUUACUGAAAAUUACUCUCUACAACAAGGUUGUUUGGUGUUAUUUAAAUAUAGAAAAGGAACUUCGAACUUCAAUGUACUCAUACUUGGCCAGAAUGCAAUGGAAAUAGACUAUGGUUCUUCAUCUGACACUGAUGAUGAUGAAUCGGUUAAGAUUGUAGAUGAGAAGAACAAUAGUAUUGAUCAUAGUGAUGAUGAAUCAGUUGAGAUUUUGGAUGAAUGUCUUAAACGGAAGAAGAACAAACAAAAGUCACCAAUAGGUCGAUCUCCUCGACCGCAUAAGAAAGUUAGAGGUGAGACUGAGAACACUACUAAAAGAACUUCAUCACUGAAUAGGCCAAGGGAAGCUAGAGGUCAGGAAAUAGCUGCAAAAUUCAUCUCAAGCAAUCCUUUUUUCACAAUUCUCAUAAAGCCUUGUCAUCUGUUAAAGGGUCAGCUGUGGAUACCAAGUUUAAAAGGUGUUACUCAGAACAAAGACAAGUUUGUGAUGCUGCAGAUUGGAAAAAGAUCAUGGAAUGUGAAACUGCUUCGUUGUAAUGACGGGGAAAAAGGGCGUCGCCUUUCAGGCGGUUGGUGCAUGUUUGCAAGUGAAAGUGGACUGAAACCAGGAGAUGUUUGUGUCUUUGAACUGAUAAACAAGAAUGAUUUAGUUUUUAAAGUUCAUGUUUUCAAAAGGGGACAAAUUUAAUGUAGGGGUACCUAUUUUGAGUAAUAGUAGCACUUUCCUUUCCAUUAAAUUGGUGAGUGAAAUGCCCUUUAGCUUUGUUUGUA